GACUGCUAUCCUUUUGAGUUUCAGUACUCGCGCCGUUUUUAUUUCUAGGGUUUCUGCUCUCUGAAAUCUCCAACCGCGAAGAAGAGGAGGAGGUUCUCUCUCGCUUUCAUUGUUGUACACUGUUUUUCUUGCUUUUACUGACCAAAAUUUCCUGUUAGCCAUUAGUUGAUAACCAUCGGAGUGCAUGCUUUGAAUACAUUGUUCAGGGUAUUUUACACUUCUGCUACGAUGGCGAUGGGGAUGAUGAAACCUGUGAAGCCUGGUCUGGAAGAAUCGCAGGAGCAGCUGCAUCGGAUUAGGAUUACUCUUUCAUCCAAGAACGUAAAAAAUCUUGAGAAAGUCUGUGCUGAUCUUGUGAAUGGUGCAAAGAACAAAAGGCUGAAAGUCAAAGGUCCAGUACGGAUGCCAACAAAAGUUUUGCACAUCACCACGAGAAAAUCUCCUUGUGGGGAAGGGACAAACACUUGGGAUCGUUUUGAGCUCCGCGUCCAUAAGAGAGUCAUUGAUCUUGUAAGCUCGUCUGAAGUUGUGAAGCAGAUCACCUCAAUAACAAUAGAACCUGGUGUUGAGGUUGAGGUCACAAUUGCAGAUCCCUAAGCCAUACUAUGACUUGGAUACUUUUUCAAUUUUGUAGGCUGAAGAAGGAUCUAAAUCUAAAGGAUCUAAUUUUAGAUUUAACUUGUGACUUGUCUCCCGCCUGAAUCAUUAUUUUUGGUAACAAAGUAACCAGCAAAAGCUUGCUUUUAUAUUAA